UUAUUCCUCGCAGCGAAUCGACCAGUGGCCAGUACCGAUAUACGUCCUUAAGAUCUUCAUGGAGUUCCUCAGAAGAACUUGGACUUUCUUAAGGGGAAUACAAACCGUGCGUCUGUGAAAGCGCAGCCCACGCUUGAAGCAUGGUGAUUCUAGACAAACAUUUGAGGCAAAAGAAGAUCGAAGAAUUCAGCUGAAGAAACCUGCAAAGAAGUUUUUUAUAUGAAUAAAGGCAAUAGCCGUUUAUUCGAACAGUUGAAUGCUAUAAGUAGCCUAACAUUUGCUGAAAUCAUUUUCCUGGGACUGCGAUGACCUCUAGUAAAGACAUGAAGGCAGGAUCCGUGUUGCAGUCCAGCGGCGAAGAGAGGAGACGGGGUCCUUUGGACCAACUCCCACCUCCGGCAAACUCGAACAAACCUCUCACCCCCUUCAGUAUUGAGGAUAUUUUGAACAAACCGUCUGUGAAGAAAUCCGUAGCAAGUCAAUGUCCACCCCGAGUCCUGGAGAAAGUGACCGGCUCAACUGCAGCUAGGAACGGUAUUACCACUCCCUCUUCCCCGUUAUGCGCUCUGGAGGAACUAGCCAGCAAAACAUUUAAAGGUCUGGAAGUCAGCCUUAUACAAACAGCAGAAGGUCGAGAGCAUCUGAACGCCUUUGGACAACGACAGGCUUCCAAAAAGAGACGGAAAUCUCGCACCGCCUUCACCAACCACCAAAUUUACGAACUAGAGAAGCGCUUUUUGUACCAGAAAUACUUGUCACCAGCCGACAGAGACCAGAUAGCCCAGCAACUGGGCCUGACCAACGCACAGGUCAUCACCUGGUUUCAGAACAGACGAGCGAAACUCAAACGGGACUUGGAAGAGAUGAAGGCAGACGUGGAGUCCUUAAAGAAAAUCCCACCGCAAACUCUGCAGAAACUGGUGAACAUGGAUGACAUUGACGAUCCCCAAAGUAGUUCUGGGGCCAUCUCGCCCAGCAUUUCCCCGUCUUCGCAAGGACACCGAGCCUUUCCUCAGUCCCCGUCUUCGUCCAGAGGCCAAACUACGGACGAAUUCUCAGAAGAGGAUGAAGAAAUCGAGGUGGACGAUUGAGUUUGGCCCGAAUUUUAAGCAAGGGCCUUUUUCUUCACAACGUUUGCACGGACGUUUACUCCACCGGAGAACUUGAAACGAAAGGGAAUUUUCUCUCUGUGCUUCAUAAUUUAUUAAAAGGAUGGUAAAAGCUACAAGGAUGUUGAACUUUCACCUUGAAGACAUUAUUUGAGGAAUACAUUUCUUUCGAUAGGAUGUGAAAGAUACUUAGUGGUAAUGGUACAGGAUCAAGACUGCAACAUGUGUAUGUACAUUUUAAGUUUAUUUCGCUAUAUGAUUUUGGGGGAAAGUUGUGCAAUUGUUUCCAUAUACCAUUCAAGCAUUAUGUUAUAGCUGCUAAAGAAACAUAUCUGCCAAAUGUAAUUUUCAACCCAACAUUUCGUUGAUAAAUUUAUAUAUUUAUACGGUUGACAAAGACAUGAGAGAUCCCAAAAUAAGACAUUUUUGGAUCCACCAUGGAAAUAUUCAUUAACAAAAUUCCAAACUUGAAAUUUCAGAAUCCUUAAAUUAUAUGACCCGAAAUUCAGGGUAGUCAAUAAUACAGGUAAAUCAAAUAAAAUCUGUAAAACAUGUCAAGUUUUUUCAUGAUGAGAUUGUGUAUAAAUUCAAUUACAAUGCAU